AUGGAGGGCGAGCUUUAUAGAACAAGUAGAACAGAGAGUUGUGUGAAGAAGAAGCAUUAUAUGGAGAAAGGCCAUGGAGGCCCAGAUGUUCCCCCGCUGUUUCUUACCCUGCUGGUGGGCAACUUAUCACCCAAAAACAAGCAUGGCAAGCUUGUCUCAAAGCCUGUUGUGUAUCAUUCUCUGCGUUGCAGCAGUCCACACUGCAACCUGAAUUGUAGAGAAACUCCACGACUGCGAAUACCCCAACUGCUUCAGUGGAUCAAGAGUUCUCCAUCCUUCCAUCAUCACAAGCAUCUAUACCACAUAUACUUUUGCAGACAUCCCAUGGUUAAUAUGGAGUACUUAAAAAAGUUCAGCAAAAGGUCUGGUGGCAGUAGUCAGGUGAAUUUGCUUCACUUCCCCUGUGUCGAAGGCUCAGGGACAGCCACAGUUCAUUACAGUGACUGGUUGCCAACCAUGAACACAGUCUUCUUACCUGUCUGGCCCUGGAGCUGA